AUGCUACGUACGCUCACCUAUUCCUUCGACACUGCUAACAUUGUAGAUCAAGACCUAAAAAGCACCCACUUCCUGCAUCAACAAUCCAACAGUCUCUACUUAUGCAACUACGCCAAUGGAGCCUUCAAGCAAACCAAAAACGCGACGCUCGAAGAAGGGGUGUCGCACCUGUCGUGCGACGAGACAUCCCCAUCUUGUGCGCGAUGCACAUCGACGGGCCGCACCUGUGAGUGGAUUGGAGUCUUUCGCGACGGGCUUGGCGACACCAAGCCAAGACUGAGCCCACAACAAGCCCUGCCCAUAUUCACCGACGCCAAAGCCCAGGAGCUCCGCGGGUUCGAGUUCUUCCAGCACCGGACCGCCAAGGAAAUGUGCCCGUCAUUUGACUUUGGCUUCUGGACGUCGCUUGUCCUCCAGCUGAGCAGGUCAGAGCCGGCCGUCCUGCAUGCCGCCAUCGCCCUCGGGGUCCUCCAUGAGGCCGAGGAGAGCCUUGGCAUGCCUAUUUCCAAGGACCGGCUAGCCCACAACGAGAAGCACAAGUUUGCGGUGGGGCAAUAUAAUGCCGCCAUCAGGUUGUUGAUGGGGGGGCGGACGGCAACUUCCGUGUUGGCGACUUGUUUGAUCUUCAUCCACAUUGAUCUGAUGCGUGGCCUGUAUGAGGCUGCCGGGGGGCACAUCAAGAGCGGGCUGAAGAUACUAGAAGAAUCCGGGAACGUGCUGUCCCAUGAUGUGAGUCGGAUGAUGAGAACGGGAUUCUGCCGGCUUGACCUACAGGCUGCGCAUUUCGACGCUGAGGCGCCGUACUCCAAACUUCCAGUUGGUGAGCUCGCCGUCCUCGAUGAUGCAUUGAGUCAACCUUUCGUGACACUUGAAGAUGCAAAGGAGCAAUAUGACACGCUGCUCUACCACACCUUUCGAGUUCUGAGGACUUGUGAGGAGAACGUGCUCAAGAAUCGAUUAGAUCACCUGAGCGAACAGGUUCUCAUUACGGAGCAGGAAAAGUUGCUGCGUGCCCAUAACUAUCUUCUCCAGAUUUGUUCUGUGAUGGUGCAUGAUCAGGAACAACAAGCUCUUCGACUAUUACGGAUGCAUGCCCUCCUCACGCGGGUACUCAUUGGAGUUUGUAUGGCCCGCGACAUUGAAGAUGCAUUUAACGAGCAUAUCUGCGCUUUCCAGCAUAUUCUUGUCUUAGCCAAAGAAUUUGUUUCGAGCCAAACCAAUGUCGACGACUCGGGCUCUAGGGUAGGUAGCUUAUCCACGGACUGGGGCAUCAUCUUCCCUCUGACCCUGACGGCAUUAAAGUGUCGGGUGGGAUCAAUUAGAACAGAGGCAGUGACUCUGCUGGAUGCGUGGAAGCGCCGCGAAGGGUUCUGGGACUCGGCUUUGGCAGCCAGGUGCUGUCGCGAGCUUGUGUCGCUUGAGCUUUCCGAUGAAGGCGGGACGGGAAACCAGCUGGCGAAUAUUUGGGUCGAUAUUCCUGACCAUCAGAGAGAAGUGACAUUGACUUGGCAGUCCCAAGGGGCGAGCGACACGCCGGCCCAUUCACGCGCACUGGAAAUAUAA